GAUCCGAUGGAGCUGGCCGUGACGAACGCGACCGCGUCGUCGUCGCCCGCGACGCUGGUGCUUCCGGUCCAGGCCGGCGGUCGAUUGCAGAGUCCCGGCGUGCAAUUGGGUGUUACCGGGCUGUACGGGUUCGGAAUAUUCGGCAACCUGCUGGCGCUUUUCAUACUACACCGGACCCGGUCGAGCAGCAACCAGAAGCACGGGUUCAUGUUGCGGUGCUUGGCCACCAACGAUUGCAUCGCGCUCGCUGGCAUGUUGAUCCAGAUGUUCGUUAGCGUCCAAUGGCCGAGCACCAAGAACAACGUGUGGUCGUGCCGGAUCCGCGUCCUGUGGCGGUUCUUCGGGCUGGGCUCAGGGUGCGUGGCCAUCGUGAUGGCCGUCGAACGCUGGUUGGCGCUCACCAAACCGUUUUUUUACCAAAAGCAUAUUAGCCUUCGUCUACUCAAACGAAUGAUGGUCAUACUUUGGUUAGGAGUACUGUGUUUAGUGUGCGCACCAUACUUCGGAUUUGGUCUCUACUGGGAUGAGAAAUCGUUGACGUGUGUACGUUACCGGAAUGCCAAGAAGCCUUUGGAUGUGUUAUACGCUUACUUAUAUUUCGGUCAUGGUGUAUUUUUAUGCUUUGCAAUAGUCUACACGAACUUAGCCGUAAUGAAAGCUCUGUGUAUGAAGGACAGUCCUCACAACAAGCACAACGUGUUAAUGAGACGCAUCAGUCGAGGAUCGUCAUUAACUUGCAACGCUGCUACCAAAGAAGAAAGAGCGUUCGGUUGGCUCAUGUUUUUGCUGUGCGUCGCGUUUGUUACAUGUUGGGUCCCGCAAAUGAUAUCGAUACCGUUAUCCAGGUUCAUCGAGGAUGAGACAAAGAUUCGACCGUUCACCAUGGCUGCAGACAUGCUUCUGGCUAUGCACUUCGCACUGGACCCGUAUCUAUACGUGCUCCAGCACUGGACGUUAGUAAAGUCCAUCUGCUUGCGACCGAAGAACAAAAAAAAUGCCAACGGUGGCAGCACGAGCGUGAGUCGCAGCAGUUCCAUGAGAACAACAUGUUUCUCGUGGUUCACAUGGCCAGUGUUUCAUUGAAUAAAAAAACUCAAAUCUAUCGUAUCGUGUAACUACAUCACUUACCUACUUUAUAUAUUAUAACAUAUUAUUAUACCUGUGAUAAAGUUUAUAUUUUAAAUUUUAAUAUGUAUCUAUGUUUUUAAUUUUAUUUCAAAGAGU